AUGGUCACCCUUCUUCCGCUUCAAAAACACAAUCCCCCGCUUCACAUUCUAAAUGUGUAUAGCUCACCAAAACUACCAAACGUCACUUUUGCUGAUCUCUUCAGCAGGGCACUAAAGGUGGCAAAUAGGGAACCCCUCAUAAUUGUUGGGGACUUCAACGCCCCCAGUCGAUUAUGGGGCUACCACCGCGAAGAGAAACGCGGACGCAAGCUGGCGGAGCUUGCGUCUACGCUGGGCCUCACUCUUCACACGGACCCUGCCAAACCCACUCGGAUUGGGAACUCCGUGACUCGGGAUACCUGCCCGGACCUAACAUUUACUAAAAACACAAGAUACGCAGAUUGGCACAAUACCGAGGAAACCCUCGGUAGCGACCACUGCAUUCUCACGACCACAAUUCGCACUUCACCUCUCACUCGUCCUCACCACAAGGCAACCCUUCCAGACUGGCCAAAAUUUCGUUCCAACUACAACAACCCACAACCUAUAGUGGAACAGGGGUACACCACCUGGUCACAACCGCUAAUCACGCAACUCACAGACACUGAACAGCAGGUUCAGCUCUCUGAGGCGAAUCCGGCGGUGGACAACCACCUCCUUCACCUCUGGGAGGCCCGGCACAGCCUUGUCCGCCGAUGGCGCCGGCAAAAACACAACCGUAAACUCAAAAUUCGCAUCGCCGAACUCACCCAGGAGGCGGCAGAGUACGCGGCCCAGCUCGCCGACUCCAACUGGGAUGCCCGAGGUCACGCGUACUCAUAUGCAGGCUCUGAGAACGCUGAGCUGGAUCGACCGUUCCAGCUUCAUGACCUCAAAGGGGUACUUGCCAAAAUGAAACGAGGAACAGCUCCGGGCAGGGAUAAGGUAACGGCAAAGCUUCUAGCCAACCUCCCCGACCCAGCCUAUGAGCAGCUCCUCACUUACUUUAAUGCAAUCUGGCAAGGUGACACCCCUCGAGUUUCCAUUGACUGGAAAACGGCGUUGGUCACCUUCAUCCCUAAACCAGGAAAAGCCAUAAACACAGACAAUCUCCGGCCCAUCUCCCUCACCUCUUGUGUGGUAAAGCUGAUGGAGUCUAUGGUACGGGAUAGAUUGUCCACCCAUCUAGAGACCCAACACAUCUUUGCAGACACCAUGUACGGCUUCCGCCCACACAGGUCCGCGCAGGAUGUCUUACUACAACUUCAUACGGAGAUUCUCGAGCCAGUCGAACACCCUAGUGACGACCGCCAAACCUUUAUCCGGAUACAAGACACGGAACAUGGCCCGUACCAGCUCGGUACACGAGGUAACCCGCAGGGAGCGGUACUCUCACCACUCCUUUUCAAUCUGGCCAUGAUGAAGCUCCCUGCCCUACUGGGUGAGGUCCCAGGCGUGCAGCAUGCUCUGUACGCGGAUGACAUCACAUUGUGGGCUACUCACGGAUCGGUUGGAGCAAUCGAGGCCAACCUGCAGCAUGCGGCGGCUAUUGUGGACGAAUAUGCCCGUCGAUGCGGCCUGGAAUGCUCCCCGACCAAAUCGGAAUUUGUGCAUUUACGACCCAACCCGAAGUGCACCACUAAACUCAACCUAUCCCUAUGUACAGGCCCCAUCCCGGAACGCGACGAGAUCCGAGUUUUGGGCCUUUGCAUACAUAGGAACCGCAAAGUUGAUACCACUCUUCAAAAGCUCCGUAAGGUCGGGGACCAAGUGGGUCUACUGUGCCCGGCGGUGCUGAAACACUUCAACCCGGCAUUUUCGGGCGAGUGCCCGCACUGUGGGGAGGUGUUUGCGGACACAUACCACAUGGUGUGGGCAUGCCCCUCCAACCCUGCUUUCCCCCCAAACCCCCACCCUACCCGAGAGGACUGGGAGGCCACCCUGCUCGGCUGCUCAACCCUCCAGGAACAACGCGCCCUGGUGGCCGGAGCCAAAACCGCUGCAGAAGCCACGGGGGUCCCGGACUAG